CGCCCCGGGAGCCCCGCCCGGCCGAGGGGGCCGCCGCCGCCGCCGCGCGGCCGACCCUGUACACCCGGCAUCAUGACGCAGUUCUUGCCUCCCAAUCUCCUGGCCCUCUUUGCUCCUCGAGACCCAAUCCCCUACUUACCCCCCCUGGAAAAGCUGCCUCAUGAGAAACACCACAAUCAGCCCUACUGUGGCAUCGCCCCCUACAUCCGGGAGUUUGAGGACCCCCGUGAUGCCCCUCCUCCAACCCGAGCAGAGACGAGGGAGGAGAGGAUGGAAAGAAAGAGGCGGGAAAAGAUUGAGCGGCGACAGCAGGAGGUGGAGACAGAGCUGAAAAUGUGGGACCCUCACAAUGACCCCAAUGCUCAGGGCGAUGCUUUCAAAACUCUAUUUGUGGCCCGAGUGAACUAUGACACGACAGAAUCGAAACUCCGGAGAGAGUUCGAGGUGUAUGGUCCCAUCAAGAGGAUCCACAUGGUCUACAGCAAGCGGUCAGGGAAGCCCCGGGGCUACGCCUUCAUCGAGUACGAGCACGAACGGGACAUGCACUCGGCUUACAAACAUGCAGACGGCAAGAAGAUCGAUGGUAGGCGGGUGCUGGUUGAUGUGGAGAGAGGCCGUACCGUGAAGGGCUGGAGGCCUCGCAGGCUUGGGGGCGGCCUUGGGGGCACCAGGCGAGGGGGGGCCGAUGUCAACAUCCGGCACUCGGGCCGCGACGAUACUUCGCGUUACGAUGAGAGGCCUUGUCCUCCAAGGGACCGGGACCGGGAACGUGAGCGGGAGCGCCGCGAGCGAAGCCGCGAGCGAGACAAGGAGCGGGACCGUCGGCGUUCGAGGUCCCGGGACCGGCGACGGCGCUCCAGAAGCCGGGAGAAGGAGGAGCGGAGACGCUCGCGAGAGAGAAGUAAGGACAAGGACCGCGAGCGGAAGCGCCGCAGCAGUCGCAGUCGAGAGCGGGCUCGGAGAGAGCGCGAGCGCAAGGAGGAGCCUCGGGGCGGGGAGGGCCCUGAGCCCCCCGAGGCGGGCGAUGCGCCCCCUGAUGAUGGCCCCCUGGGGGAGCCUGGCCCCGAUGGACCCGAUGCCCCGGAGGAGAAGGGCCGGGAUCGGGACCGCGACCGACGCCGCAGCCACCGGGGGGAGAGGGAGCGGCGGCGGGACCGGGAUAGAGAUCGCGAGCACAAGCGAGGUGACCGGGGUGAAAGGCGGGACGAGGCCCCCCGUGGUGGGGGUGGCGGCGGCGGUGGCGGCGGCGGUCAGGACAACGGGCUCGAAGGGCUCGGGGCUGAUGGGCGGGACCUCUAUCUGGAGGCCGAUGCUGGCGACGGCUAUCUGGCUCCCGAGAAUGGCUACCUGAUGGAGCCGGCGCCAGAGUGAGCGAGACAGACAGCGGUGACCACCAUCCCUCCCCCCAAAGAAAAAUUUACAAAAGACCACCACCCCUUUCUCUCCCAAUCACGUGAAUGUGUGUCUGCCCCUGUCCCCCCCAAGGCAUCCUCUGUCCAGACCCUUCUGAUUAUUCAAUAAAAUGGAUUUCCUGCGGAGGUUGCUCGGGUGGUAUUUUGGAGGAGCUCUUUUCCCCCAUCUGACCCUUGGGCACAAGCCUGGACUGUGACUCAGAGGCCUCGGCUUGGAGUCUUCGCGUAGGAUCUUGGUCAGAUCUCCAAGUCAUUCAGCUUGUGUGGGUUGGUAACAGGAGCAGGAUGAGGUGAGGCCCUGCUCCCCGAGGGCUCUUCUGGCUCGCCCGAGCCGGGCUGGGUGGGGUGGGGGGCAUGGCGACUGUGCUGCCACCUCCUGGACCUGGACGGGGUGGCGGGGACUUAGCUUCAGAACGAUUCAUGUGAAAAGGGAAUCUUCAGAAAGGGGAAGAGGAGGGGAGGAAGUUGGAAAAGACAAUGGUCUUCACUUAGAUUAAAGGGAUUGUUGCUGAACAUUUAGAAAAGGAAGCAGGGCGUGCCAGACCAGCUUCCUUCAGUUGUUUGGGGGUUUUUUGUUUUUGUUUUUUUGUUUGUUUUAAUAGAUGGCAAGUCUGGGGAAUGCUAUUGAUGUAGCCUAAGUAUUAGCUAGGAAAACAGAGUGUUUGUCAGUCACGCAGUAAGUCCUUGUGACAAGAUGGGGAAGCAAGGACUGGAUGAUGGUAGAAUUCAAUCCGUUUAGAGAUGGUUUUAUGGCAGAGCUCAGCAAACCAGUCACCAGUAGUUUGAUGUCAAUGUGGGAGGUCUCCAGUGUGAUGCCCCUGGGAUCUGUAUGUGGCCUUGUGCUGUUUAAUAUUUUUUUAAAUAAAAUUUUAUUGAUAUGUUUGGUUUUUAA